ACCGACAGUGAACCGCUUUGGUUUUCUCGAAUACACUCGCGAAGAUCAACCUCUUUUCCUGCGCCUAUCCUCUCUCUCGGCGAGAAUGCCCGAGAAUCCAUUGCAGCUUAUACUACAUUCUUUCGAGAAAGUUUCCAACUUCAUCCAAAUUCACCUCUCCAGUUUAACUCUCCAACUCCAACCUCAUAACCAAUCGCCCACCGUUAAACAACAACCAAUCUCCUCUAUCUCUCACUCUUCCAAGCUCAACCCAUCCACCAGAAACUCCUCUGCUUUCCAGUCCCACGAUGUGAAGGGAAAAACUGCAGGUCCGGUGUCGAAAGAAGAGCUUGGUAGGGCUUCAUGGACAUUUCUUCACACUCUUGCUGCCAGGUACCCAGAUAAACCAACAAGGCAACAGAAGAAAGAUGUUAAAGAAUUGAUGUCAAUACUAUCACGCAUGUACCCUUGUAAAGAAUGUGCAGAACACUUCAAACUAAUUUUGAGAUGGGGUUGGCUGCUAUAUGAAGAGCGGCCUGAUUGUCACAAUAAAGUAACGCCGGACCAUGAUGGUGAACACGCAGUUCACGAAGAAGACCGAGGAGCCAGACAAUCUCACACGUGGUGUUGGAAAUGGAGCGAUAUUCAGCUUCUGCCGAAGAACGAGAGAGAACUUGCUGCUUCUUUGAUCGCCAAUAAAUGA